AAACUGCUCAGGGUGGCCGGGCGUGCAGCUCGGGUUUUGCAUUCUCCUUUUUUAUUCUUAUUUAUUUGCAAAGGGAAUUGGACCUAAUUCUCCUUGCAAAGCAUAAAGAGCAAAGGGGCUUUUGGCGCCAAAUGCCAGGCACCUCCCCUGCUUUUAUGGAAAUUAGGGAGGUGGGGUUAAGCCUCUCUCUCCUCUCGCCUUUUCCUCCCCGGGUGUGUCAGGGUUUUUUUUAGUUAAUAAUAUCCAAGAGCUUCAAAGCCAGCCAGUGACAGUCAUCUGUCUGCAAGCAAAGGGUGAAUGUGGAGGCUUAAGCCAGCCUUGGGGGACGAGCGGGCUGGCGCUCAAUAAAGUGCAACAUACAAGAUCAUCUGCCUCUUUUUUUUUCCUGCCCCCCUCCCCCUUUUGCAACACCACCCAUCACCAAGGAGGAGGUGUUGAGAGAAGUCUCUCUCUCUCUCUCAGUGGAAACACACUCAGACCUCCCUCUAAAUAACAGCCCAACCAAGGAAUCAGCAGAAGGAACCCAGUAAUGCCAGGGAUGGUCAGUAAAAACCCAGACCUCGAGUUUGACUCUUUGCAGCCCUGCUUCUAUCCAGAUGAAGAUGAUUUCUAUUUGUGCGGUCCGGACUCUGCUCCCCCAGGGGAGGACAUCUGGAAAAAGUUUGAACUGCUGCCUACCCCUCCUCUGUCUCCCAGUCGGGCAGGACUUCAGGAGAACCCCCCAGGAGGGGCCCCACUGCUAUGGGGAGGGGUGGCUCUAGGGGGAUUCCGAACCCGUGAUCCUCUGGACUGGGCAUCUGAACUGCUGCUGCUGCCCCCUGAGGCCGACCUUUGGGGAAGCACGGAUGGAGGAGACUUACUGGAGACAGGCUUUGGGGAGAGCAACAACCUCAACUCCAUCAUCAUCCAGGAUUGUAUGUGGAGUGGCUUUUCUGCCCGCGAGAAGCUGGAGAGGGCAGUGAGUGAGAAACUGCAGAGCAAAGUGGGAGCAGCAGUGGCACCAGUGACAGCUGGUGCAUCCACAACCACCGCCAGCCCUGGGGGCACCAACAGCCAAGCAGAGCUCAAUAACUCUGUGUCAGAGUGUGUGGAUCCUGCCGUGGUGUUCCCCUUCCCCAUUAACAAGAAGGAGCCAGUGGCAGCAGCCGCAGCCCCAGCAACAGGGGGAAUGGCUGGCAUCCGGGUGAACAUUAGUGGGAGCAGUGGGAUCGCACAGGGGGCAGCAGCUACCACCCAGCGCAGCAGCUGCCACACAAGUGCCACCAGAGCCAACAGCAGCUCAGGAGAUGAUACUCUCAGUGACUCGGAUGAUGAUGAGGAAGAGGAUGAAGAGGAAGAAAUUGAUGUUGUGACAGUAGAGAAGAGGCGUUCCUCCUCCAACAAGGCUGUUACUACUCUUACUAUUACUGUGCGCCCUAAAAAUGCCACCUUGGCAUCGGUGAGAAUGCAGCAGAAUGAACUGAUUCUAAAGCGUUGCGCCCCGAUUCACCAGCAGCAUAAUUACGCUGCCCCUUCUCCAUACAUGGAAAGCGAAGAUGCCCCGCCGCAGAAAAAGCUAAAAAAUGAGGUGCCCCGUCCAAUAAAACCUAUGAUCCAACCAAAGUCUAAGAGUUCGAGUCCUCGAAACUCAGAUUCAGAAGAUAGUGAACGUCGACGCAACCACAAUAUUCUGGAACGUCAGCGGCGUAAUGACCUGCGAUCUAGUUUUCUCACAUUAAGGGACCAUGUACCUGAACUGGUUAAAAAUGAGAAGGCUGCAAAAGUGGUCAUCUUGAAAAAAGCCACUGAUUAUGUCCAUUCUCUUCAGGCAGAGGAACACAAAUUAUUGCUAGAAAAGGAAAAAUUGCAAGCCAGACAACAGCAGUUGCUAAAGAAAAUAGAACACACACGGACUUGCUAAACUUUUUUUUUGUCUGACCUGGACAGUCACUGCCACUUUGCACAUUUUUGAUUCUUUUAAAAAAAAAAUUGUGUUUUUUGACGUUAAGAAUGUUGGUUUUACUUUCAAUCCAGUCCCUCAAGUAGUUAACAAUCUAUGUUAUCCGGGUACAGAGCACAUGGAUGUUCUUGCAAGGAGUUUAACAGACUGCCAAACAAUGAUGGACUGCCCUUGUAUUUUUUCUUAAGAGCUAUAGAUGUUCUUUAAAAGUUGUGAGCCUUUGGAGCUGCUGAUGACACCUAGUUAAGUUUAAAAACGUUCAUUCCUAAUUUUGAAUGGUGCUUAUGUUCUAACAGAUGUUACUUUAGGGGUUACCAUUUGUACCUCUGUGGGAAUUUUCUGUAAAUACCAUCUACACACUUGCCUUUUGUACAUGUCUUGGGUUAUGAGAGGUGGCUCUUGCUACCAGUAUUUGACUGGAAGUUCAUACCUAAGUACUGUAAUACCUCAAUGUUUGAGGAGCAUGUUUUUGUAUACAAAUAUAUUGUUAAUCUCUGUUAUGUACUGUACUAAUUCUUACACUGCCUGUAUACUUUAGUAUGAUGCUGAUACAUAACUAAAUUUGAUACUUAUAUUUUCGUAUGAAAAUGAGUUGUGAAAGUUUUGAGUAGAUAUUACUUUAUCACUUUUUUGAACUAAGAAAACUUUUGUAAAGAAAUUUACUAUAUAUGCCUUUUCCUAGCCUGUUUCUUCCAGUUAAUGUAUUUGUUAAUGUUUGGUGCAUAGAACUGGGUAACUGCAAAGUUCUGUGUUUAAUUUCUUCCAACGAUGUACAUUUAGUGCUGCGUCUUAUAGCACUUUGAAAUACCUCAUGUUUAUGAAAAUAAAUAGCAAUUAAAUGAUGUGCUCUUCACUAUUUAUUUAUAAA